CUGUUUUUCCACAUUUUUUUUAUCUUGGUCUUGGAUCAGGGAUCAUUGUUUACUUUUUCCAGUGAUUUACAAGAAAUCUGGCUAUUGAUUGCCCCAAUGACCUACAAAGCAAUGCCCAGAGCACGGUCCGGUUCAGAGUUCACUGUCUGUGAAAGCAAAUAAGAGAGACUGAUGCACUCUGCUUUUGCUCCACAGUUUUGACUCUGUGUUUCCUGACAGACCGUUGUGGUCUACUAGCAACUAGCACAAUACACUGAUACAGCGCUCCAGUUCUUGACCGAACAAACUUAACAUAGUUGGAGUGGGCAAACGUUAUAUAGAAGUAUAGGCCUACUGUACAUCAGAGACAUGGCUGACCGUUUCCCAACACUAGCACUGGGCCUGCUGCUCCUAGUCCAGGCCUGCUUUGCGCAGCUACCCGCCACCUACCCAGGCACCUGCAGGCUGGUCUGCGACCCCUACCCUUCCCAGGGAGGCUCUCUCACCCUGGGCUCCAACGGCAUCGUCAUCCCCCUCUCCUCCUCCGGAGGAGGAGCGGGUGGAGCUGGAGGGGUGCCGGGCCCGCAGGGCCCCCCGGGGAAAGCGGGCCCCCCCGGGCCACCAGGACCACCAGGCCCAGCCCGGUCCAGCGGCGACGGAGGUGCGGUGGCGUUCUACGCGGCACUGACGCAGGAGUUCAGUCGCGCGGACGUGUUGAAGUUCAUGGACGUGGUGACGAACGUGGGCGACGGGUACAGCUCGGCGACGGGGAAGUUCACCUGCCCCACGGCCGGACUCUAUCACUUCAGCUUUAACGUCCUGAAGUCUGGACAGCGCAUCCGGGUGGAGAUGGUGUCAGGGGACAAGGUGGUGGCGACGUCCGUGGCGCUGGACAUGCUGCACUCUGACACGGCCCACGGCAGUGCGGUGCUGAACCUGGCUAAGGGGGACCAAGUGUUCCUCCGGCUGGCCGGCAGCGAUCGCACCAUGGUGGACGCCGGCAGCCGCUUCAGCACCUUCCUGGGAUACCUCAUACACGAACUGUGAUCUAUCUAUCUAUCAGUCUCGUCUUCUUCUCCCUCCCUCUCUCUCUCUGAUCCAACUUGCUGCUUGUGUCUGUUUAUCCAUCUCUCUCUCUCUCUCUCUCUCUCUCUCUCUCUCUCUCUUUCUCUCUCUGACUUGUCCAUCUGUGGCUGUGACCUGGGCCGGAUGAAGAUGGCCUGGGGGGGCCCUAUGACUACAGGUUGCUCUAGGGCCCCAUCACCGGAGGGCAAAUUUUGCGACAAAUUUACAUGGACAGUGUCUUUAUUACAAGCCAGGAAUUAGAGAUAACAUGUCUACCAACUGUUCUCAACACGACAUACACAUUUUUCAAUAUUGCAUCAAUAUUGCAUCAAUAUUGCAAUAUUUCAGUUUUGGCCAAGGCUGCAGCUACAGUAUAUGUGCAUCAUCUUCUUAUCUCUCUCUCUCCCUCUCUCUCUCUCUUCCUCUCUCUCUCUCUCUCUCUCUCUCUCUCUCUCUCUCUCUCUCUCUCUCUCUCUCUCUCUGAUCCAACUGGCUGUCUUGUGUCUGCCAAUCUCUCUCUCUCUCUCUCUCUCUCUCUCUCUCUCUCUCUCUCUCUCUCUCUCUCUCUCUCUCUCUCUCUCUCUCUCUCUCUCUCUCUCUUUCUUUCUCUCUCUGACUUGUCCAUCUAUGGCAGACCCCUUUCUGGGAUUAUGGAUACACACUCUGUCUGUCUGCCUGUCUUUAGCCUUUAUACAGUCGACUUGUCUUUCAAACUGUGAUCUGUCUGUCUGUCUGUCUGUCUGUCUGUCUGUCUGUCUGUCUGUCUGUCUGCCUGUCUGCCUGUCACACAACGAACAGUGGGCCGAAACACAACGAACAGUGUUUUCCGUAAUAAUGAAUUGCAUGUUGGCGGUUGGCAAACUUUGGUAACACACGGCAACCGUCAUUUCUGUUAACUGUGACAGACAAGACCGUGCUGCGAAGCGACACUUCACCCUCAACUUUUGCCUGCGUUCUGAGGGCGGGAAGUGCACUCCACCUCAGGACACAGUGCACACAGUGCAGAGUUUGGAACACAACCAAGGUCUCUCAAGUCAAUUAAAGCAACGUCAAGUCAAGUCAGCUUUUAUUGUCAGUUUCUUCAUAAUGCACAGGUCUUACAAGGAAAUCAUUCAUCAGUGCCUUAAGGAUAAAUGGGGGUGGCAUAUACAGACUGAAUUUAUCAUUGUUGAUCAUAUAUCGGGGUUCAUCAAUAGAAUAGAUACAUCUUUACAUUACUGAAGAAAAAAAUACAGAGGACAUGACCUCUGUGUCCUCAAUGGUAGUUACGGCCAUAGACGUGAGCAUUGCUUACUGUAGAGCUAACAGAUCACACCGUAUGUUCUUUUACGGAUUCUUUCACAUAUUGCUCCGCAUAUUCUAUUCACCUCCCCCUCACUGGUUUCCAUCUUUCAUGGAUGCCUAUGGAAGGAGAGUCUAACGAAAGAUGCUGCCAAAUAGCGGAAAAACAAUCCAUCUCUAUUAUUUCCAUCUCAAGAAGAUUAAAAGAAAAACAUAGAAGAAGAAUUUGCACCUCCCAUAUGAUUUACUCAAUGUAAGGGCCAGAGAGAUAUUUCUCAUACACAUUCAAGAACGUUACACGGUAUGUUUUGCACAAUAUGUUUUGUAUUAAACAAAUACACCAAAGAAGUAUUUUGGUUACUGAACUUUUAUUUCAAAUAAAAACUUAAAAUGAAAAA